CCAUCCUAUUUUAACCUACGAGUGGACGGCAUUUAUCCUCAUUCUUGUAGAAAAUUAGGAUAGAAAGGGAGUUUCCUUUGCUAAAUGAGACAAUCUUACAAUCUACUUGCGGAGUGUUCCUCAACUUACUUAUCUCUGAUACAUAAGCUUUAAUUGCCUCAUAAAUAAAUUCUUCGAAUAACAACCAAUACAAAAUAUCCAUAGUAUUCACAACUCCCACAUCCACAAGGCACAUCGUCAUGUCUCUUAUUGACACCAUCCGCUACAAUAAGCUACCCUCCCUAGAAGAGGCAAAUAGCCGGCGGCAGGUGAGUAUCGGACGUCAAUCGAGCCGAAACAGCGUCCAGGCUUAUCAAUCAAUUUCUCACCACGCUCACAGGCCGAACAUAUCAACAAUGUCAUUGAAGGUCCACUCCGCGAUAUAUUCAUCAAGUAUGGUGUACAGAAUACCUUCACCCUCUACCUCCAGCAUCGCCAUCACCAAGUCCAUGAAAAUGAAGCCGUCGUCAAGGUGCACAGUACAGCACAUUUGAUGAAUGACGAGGAGAUUAAGGACAUUGAAGAAAUGGGUAACAAGAUCGUUCCUACGACUUGGAUGAGUGAUAAUCUACUCCCUAUGGAGUUUGCUGUAGCUCCUGCCUCGUAUGCUCAUUUCCACUCCCACUCUUGUCUCCCAGUUCCGCUUUCUCAGCUUGACAUUAAAUCCUGGCUUACGUUUCCUCUGAACAGAGCCGACACUCCUAUUUUUCCACCAGACUUCAUCGCAGAAUUAACUAAUGUCCUCGCCUCGAACAGCUGCGAGGGUCUCUUCGGUAUCGACACCCUAGGUGUAGAUGACUGGACCGAACUUAGUAUCGGCAAUGCAAGUGUUGUUGUACCCAGUAACGGCACGGACAGAGAGAACUACAUCCCUGUUGCGUUUGCUUUUGAUGAAAAAAAAGCAGGUUUUAGAGUCCAUGGGAAAUGCGGUAGUGACCAUAAGCAUACUUCCAAACCGUGAUGGGAAAGAUAUAAAUUUCCAUUAUACUUCGUGGACGUGUAAUUAGGGGAAGAGCAUAAGAGAAGAUGGUUUUGUCGGAAAUGAUAGUCUGAUCUAGGAUUUUUAAAGUAUCUGGGUAUACGAGAGUAUUUACUACUUCGACAUUGAUCUUACAUACACUCGUCGGUCGUUACCAGCGUAAAAUUGAUUUAACUCAAGCUACAGAGCAUCGAGUACUGCCAACUAUUCCAAUAGAAAGCUCCUCAUAACACUAUAUCUCCUCAUUCGACUCGCUC